ACUGUCAUCUGCUCCUAGCUCAGGCUCCUCUGGGUCAUCUUGUCUACCUCCAGUGGUCUGAAAGUGACAUUGUAUGAUCCCACUGUUUUCUCAUCGCUUGCCAGCCCACUUCCGGAAGACGCUCUGUCUAGCGGCGGGCCGCUCUCGCCGGCUCCCUUCCGCUUCCGGUGUCCUACAGCCAUGGCCGCCGCCGUCCCUGCUGCAGGCGCUGGGGAGCCUCUGUCUCCGGACGAAUUGCUCCCCAAAGCCGAGGCGGAGAAGGCCGAAGAGGAGCUGGAAGAGGAUGAUGACGACGAGCUAGAUGAGACCCUGUCGGAGAGGCUGUGGGGUCUGACGGAGAUGUUCCCUGAAAGGGUCCGGUCUGCCGCCGGAGCCACCUUUGAUCUCUCGCUCUUCGUGGCUCAGAAGAUGUACAGAUUUUCCAGGGCAGCUCUGUGGAUCGGGACCACUUCCUUUAUGAUCCUGGUGCUUCCAGUUGUCUUUGAGACGGAAAAGUUGCAAAUGGAGCAGCAGCAACAGCUGCAGCAGCGGCAGAUACUCUUGGGGCCUAACACAGGGCUGUCAGGAGGAAUGCCAGGGGCUCUACCUCCACUUCCUGGGAAGAUCUAGAUUUCUUUGGUAUUUGUCCUGGUGGGAGAACUUUGAAAUUCAGUUGUUUGAACUGCUGAUUGUUUGGACUUUUUAUUUUAAACUUUGGCACACCCAUCUGUUUAAAUCUGGUGGGAACUGUCUCGUUUCUUAUGGAGAGACUCUAGUUGCACCUGUGCCCAUUAUAGCGUUCUCAUGUAUUUCCUGUUCUCUAUCUGAUGCUAGAGUACAUGUGGAAGGCUAUUCCACGCUAUCCUUUUAGUAAAUUGGUCCAAUCGAAGUUCUCACAUGACCCUUGUGGGGAAGAAAAAAAAGAACAAAAAUGUCUGGGACAUGUAAACAAUGUGGAACUGAUAAAAUCCAUUACAGCUGCGGUUACAGGAAUCCCUGUGUGUUGGAGAGGAGGGAGGCUGGCUGUGGCUUUAGCCAGAUGGGGACUGUGGACAGAGCAAGCUCAUUUCCUCUGCACAUCUGGCUGUUAAACCUUCGUGUUGUGUAAAGAAGCCAGUGCUCACUUUUUGUAUUUAAAUAUUAAAAGAACUCCAACUGAAA